AAUGCAGGGUUUACAGAGCUCUUCCUCUUCGCACUGAUUUACAAAAAAAGGAAAACUGAAAAGCAAAGAUUUUCGGUGAUCUCCUGGACGCUUUAGAUAAAAUCUUUAGUCAUGGCAUUGGAGGAUGAAGUUUACCAUGACCCUCCUUCGAUGUUCGAACAGAAUUAUCGCUGUUAUCCCGUUUCCUUCAUUGAAAAGUCUCAUUUGGAGAAGGGUGAUAAAAUUAUAAUGCCUCCAUCUGCUCUUGAUCGCCUCGCCUAUUUGCAGAUUGAUUAUCCAAUGUUAUUUGAACUCAGAAACCCUUCUGCCAGUAAAGUUUCUCAUUGUGGUGUGCUCGAAUUUGUUGCAGAUGAGGGCUUGAUAUACAUUCCAUAUUGGAUGAUGGAGAACAUGCUGUUACAAGAAGGUGAUAUCGUAAAUGUCAAGAAUGCCAGUUUAUCAAAGGGAACUUAUGUGAAACUUCAGCCUCACACCAUGGAUUUUCUAGAUAUAUCUAACCCAAAAGCCAUCUUAGAAACGGCGUUAAGAAGCUACUCUUGUUUAACAACUGGUGAUACGAUCAUGGUGGCCUACAAUAACAAGAAGUUUUAUAUUGAUAUAGUCGAAACUAAACCAUCAGCUGCAAUAAGUAUAAUUGAAACAGACUGUGAGGUAGAUUUUGCUCCACCUCUUGACUAUAAGGAACCUGAAAGACCGAUUAAAUCUAAGGCACCGCCACCACCAGAAGUUGAUGAAGAACCAGCUAAGAAAAUACCCAAGUUCAGUCCGUUCAGUGGUUCAGGAAGACGGUUGGAUGGAAAACCGGCUGAGCCUGUGGCUGCACCUCUGGCUCAACCACACAAGACUGAGGCUACAACCAGUGAUGCCAAUGGCUCUACACCAUCAAGUUCUGGUUCAAGAAAACGGUCAGGGAAGCUUGUUUUUGGGUCAAAUACCGACCAAGAUCCAAAUGGGAAACCGAAAGCCACCAUGAAAGAAACAAAACAAGAAUCAUCUCAGAAGGAAGAACCCAAAUUUCAAGCAUUUACAGGCAAGAAGUACUCUCUAAAAAACUAGAUUAUUUGAAGAAUAUGUUUAUUUUCUAAUGCUAUGGUCAUGUUCUUCAUUUGUUGUGCAUUCCCAGAAAUCUUUUUUUGAAACCCAUGUAGCCCUGUGCAUUCACAAGAAUUUCCAUUAAAUUAUAUAAACCUUCCAUCUCUUCAUUU